AAGAGACAUAUCUCUCUCUCUUCUCUCUUCUCUCCUCUCUCGUCUUCGCUUUCAGAUUGAGUUUGACUCUUCGCCAGCCACCGCCUCUCUCCAUCAAUGGCGACACCAUACCUCUCCCUUCAACCUCUUUAAGUAAAAAAACAAAACCCUUUUUGCUAUCUCCUCUCCAACACGCUUCAUUUUUGCAAAACCCUAGAUUCUAUCACAAACACAACCUUGUCUUGUUUAUGUUCUUGUGUUCUUCCACAUGUCCCAAUGGAUUCUUGUAAUAGUGGAAGCUUGCAAUCUUCAAGCGACGACCAUGACUCUUCAUCAACUGGUGCUCCACCACCACAAGAUCACUCCUCUUUCUUCUUCCCUCCUUACCAACCACCACCACAACCUUCUUCCUCUACCUUCUACGGCGACCCAACAACUCUCUCUUCCUCCUCUUCCUCUUCCGCUACUUACCUAAACUUUGUAAACAACCUCAUCUCCGAUGACAUUUUCAACCAAAACCAUCUCCUCCCUCCUCCUCCACCACCACCACAACCUCCUCCUCCUCCUCCUUCUUCCUCCCGAAACCCUAGAAAACGUACAAGAGCUUCAAGAAGAGCACCAACCACUGUCCUCACCACCGACACUUCUAACUUCAGAGCUAUGGUUCAAGAAUUCACCGGCGUCCCUGCUUCUCCUUUCUCUCACCCUUUCUCCUCCACUACUCGCCGUUUCGAUAUCUUCCGAUCUCCCUCCGACUCUCUUACUUACAACCCUUUUCGUCCCAUCCCACAAAAACCUUUGAUUCCUUCAUCAUCACCAUCUUCUUUACUCAACCAUCUUCACACAACUACUUCCAUGACCUUCCCAGAUCUACCUCUCCCUCAGACUCAGACUCAGACUCAGACUCACCAAGUUUCUACAUUUCAGUCUCUCUUAUCACACCAACAUCAUCAUCAAACAACACUCUCUCCUCUUCACGAGCUUGACUCAAUGAACCUCGGAUCAUUACAUCAACAUCAUCACCAUCCAACUGCUGAUGAUAACCACCAGCUAAUGAUGAGACAGUUCUCGGAGUUUGACCGUCGGACGUCGGAAAAGAGACCGGAGAAUCACAAUAAUGUCUCAUCUUCUUCUUCAGCUCCGACCAAAGGCUCUUCAGGUACUACUACUACAACUACAACUACAACAACAACAGUUGAUCCCUGGAUUUGCCCUACAGAUUCAAAUAAAUAAUUAAAUUUCAUAUAUACAUUAUUUUUUCUUAAACCAUAUCUUAUAAUGUUAAAUCUAGUAUUAUUGUAGUCACUAAGAUUGAAUUAUCAGAUUUAUUUUAAAUUUAAUGAAAUGAUAUAUUCCAUCAAAAUAUUUAUUCUUAUGUCUAGUGAUAUUAUACUCUGUCUAACACGUUACGAUGACCCAUAAUGGGGUAUAUGAUUCUCCACAUGAUGUAAGUACACUACUGUAUGUAAAAUAAUGUAAGUAUGUGUUUUAUAACGUUACAAGUUUGGUU